CGGCUAACAAUGACUCGUCCCUCGCUGUCGGCUCGCAGCCAGUCUCUCUCCGCUGCGCUUUCCAAACCACAAAAGACACGACUCUCCCCUCAUUUCCCCUGUACCUUUUUCAACUCUUUACAGCGCUGUGAAUCUUUUCUGCGAGGAACUUCCGCUGUCGCAGUCGUUCUUAUUUGAAGUCCCCGGGAGCAAGAAGCGAUGAGUGUUUGGAACUUGAAGCCGGGGCAGAGAGCGAGUCGUGCGGCGUCGUGCUGAGAGGGGAGCCGCCUCUUGUGGUGGUGUGUCCGGCGAGAACAUGAAGUCCAGACGGGAUAAACUGAAGAUCCCCUCUUUGACGCUAGAUUUAUCGCCCACUUGUCAGAGCCCCACCCUCCUGAGCCCGUGCAGCCCCUGCAGCCCUUGCAGUCCAUUGCAAACCCUUCACCCCUGGAGCUGUCGCAGCAGCAACAAGAAGAGUCUCUGUGUUGGAACGCCAUCACCCACGCUGUCUCGGCCCCUCUCCCCACUCUCAGUCCACACAGCAGCAAGCAGCCCUCUGGACAGUCCUCGAAAUGUGUCGACGAGUGCCUGCCUCAACUUUCCAUUUGCACGAAGUCACUUGGCUCGUGCGGACAGAGCUGAGGGACGAAGAUGGUCCCUGGCGUCCCUCCCAUCGUCAGGCUACGGAACCAAUCCGCCGAGCUCCACAGUUUCAUCCUCCUCCUCCUCCCAAGAGCGCCUUCAUCAGCUUCCUUACCAGCCAACACAAGAUGAGCUGCACUUCCUUUUCAAGCACUUCCGCAGCACUGACAGUAUCACCGACGAGGAUGGGCGGCCCACGACCGUCAUACGACCUCGCUCUCGGAGCCUCAGCCCCGGGCGAUCAAACGUCUCCUUUGACAAUGAGAUAGUCAUGAUGAACCAUGUUUACAGAGAGCGAUUUCCAAGGGCCACAGCCCAGAUGGAGGAGAGAUUGUUGGAAAUUGUCACCCACUGUUCUCCAGACAGCUCCCUCCCGCUGGCCGACGGGGUGCUGGGCUUCAUCCAGCACCAGUUGGUCGAGCUUGUCCGUGACUGCUUGGAGAAGUCCCAGAAAGGCCUGGUUACAUCCCGCUACUUCGCUGAACUGCAGGAGAAGUUGGAGAAGCUGCUUCACGAGGCCUACGAACGCUCGGAAAGUGAGGAGGUGACCGUCAUCAUCCAGCUGGUGAGGAAGAUCCUCAUCAUAAUCUCUCGACCCGCUCGCCUUCUCGAGUGUCUGGAGUUUGACCCGGAAGAAUUCUACCACCUGCUUGAGGCGGCAGAGGGUCACGCCAAAGUCGGCCAGGGAAUCAAAUCGGACAUCCCUCGAUACAUCAUAAACCAGCUGGGUCUGACACGAGACCCUUUAGAGGACAUGGUGCACCUGGAACAGUACGAGUACAGUCCCUCAGUGUCCACUGAGCCCGAUGCCGAGAACAAAACGCCGCAGGUGGUGACCCCAACACGACGGAAGCCUUUUGAGAGCGAUUUUGAAACCAUUAAACUCAUCAGUAAUGGAGCCUAUGGUGCCGUGUAUCUGGUCCGCCACAAGGAGACCCGCCAGCGGUUUGCCAUGAAGAAGAUAAACCGUCAGAACCUGGUCCUGAGGAACCAAAUCCAGCAGGCGUUUGUGGAGCGAGACAUCUUGACUUUUGCCGAGAACCCCUUUGUUGUGUCCAUGUUCUGCUCUUUCGAGACGCGACGUCACCUCUGCAUGGUCAUGGAGUAUGUGGAGGGUGGAGAUUGUGCCAACUUGUUGAAGAACAUGGGUCCCCUGCCUGUCGAAAUGACAAGGAUGUACUUUGCGGAAACUGUCCUGGCCCUGGAGUACCUCCACAAUUAUGGCAUAGUGCACCGAGAUCUCAAACCUGACAAUUUGCUGAUCACAUCCUUGGGUCACAUCAAGCUAACAGACUUUGGCCUGUCAAAAAUUGGCCUGAUGAACAUGACCACCAACCUCUAUGAGGGUCACAUAGAGAAAGACACCAGGGAGUUUGUUGACAAACAGGUGUGUGGCACUCCGGAGUACAUCGCCCCCGAGGUGAUUCUCAGGCAGGGAUAUGGGAAGCCCGUAGACUGGUGGGCCAUGGGGAUCAUCCUCUACGAGUUCUUGGUCGGAUGUGUUCCGUUUUUUGGUGACACUCCAGAGGAGCUUUUUGGCCAAGUUGUCAGUGAUGAAAUAAUUUGGCCGAAAGGAGACGAUGCCUUACCAACUGAUGCUGAGGACAUGAUUACCCAUCUGCUAAGGCAAAGCCCUCUGGAAAGACUGGGAACUGGCGGCGCCUCAGAGGUCAAACAACACGCCUUCUUUGCGGCUUUGGACUGGAAUGGCCUAUUACGACAGAAAGCUGAAUUUAUUCCUCAGCUAGAUGCAGAGGACGAUACGAGCUAUUUUGACACUCGAUCGGAGCGGUAUCAUCAUAUGGCAUCGGAUGAGGAUGAAGAAACCAACGAUGAAGAGUCUUCCCUGGAAAUUAGGCAGUUUUCUUCCUGGUCGCAUCGUUUCAGCAAGGUUUACAGCAGCUCAGAACAUCUGGCCACACCUUCCAACCUGAGCUUCUCCUCUGACCGCAGUCACAGCGAGGAGAAAGAGGACCGCGGAGAGGUUGGAGCGCUCAGCCCCUUUGCGGGCCUAGCAGAGGGGAUCCUGGAGCCCAGACUACCAGGACGCAUGGCCAGCCUUUGCCCCCGACUGUCACCCAGCUCCUCCCAGUCUGAGAGGAGCAGCAGCCCUCUGGUGAUGAGCAGCACCCACAGCCUGGAGAUGAUGCCCCGCUUUGCCGUCUCUACGGACGACGAGGCUGAGGUGGUUGUUUCCAAACUCCGGAGAAUCAGGAUACGCAGUAACAGCACCGGGGCCAAACACUCGUCCCCCAAAGAGCCAGCUGGCCCACGACGUUUUGGUAACCAGCUGGAGACACCGGACAGACAGAGGCUUCCCUGUGGGGGAAAGGUUCCCAAGUCUGCCUCUGUCUCAGCUCUGUCUCUUAUCAUUACCACAGAUGACUCCCCUAGUGGACUCCAGCCCAGUCCCAUCUCCCCGCGGUCACUGUCCUCCAACCCCUCCUCGCGUGACUCCUCCCCCAGCCGUGACCUGUCACUCAGUCCCGGUAGCCUCAAGCCGCCCAUCAUCAUUCAGACUUCUGGCAAGAAGUACGGCUUCACCGUGCAGGCUAUCUGCGUCUACAUGGGCGACAGCGACGUCUACACGGUGCAUCACAAGGUGUCGAGCGUGGAUGAAGGCAGCCCCGCCUAUCAGGCAGGUCUUCGAACCGGAGACCUCAUCACUCAUGUGAACGGAGAGUCCGUCCAAGGCCUGGUUCACACCGAGAUGAUUGAGCUCCUGUUGAAGAGUGGCAGCAAGGCGGCGUUACAGACCAUCGCUCUGGAGAACACGUCCAUCAUAGUUGGUCCGGCUCGAAAGACCAAACACAGAGGCAAGAUGGCUCGCCGCAGCAAGAGAAGCAGGAGGAGAGAUAACUAUGAUAGGAGACGCAGCAUCUUGAAGAAGUUAUCCAAGCACAGCACAGUGAUUCACAGCAGUCGCAGCUUCUCGUCGGGUCUCCACCAUUCCGUUUCCUCCAGCGAGAGUCUUCCAGGAUCGCCCACACACAGCCUCUCUCCCGGCCCCUCCACCCCCUGCCGAAGCCCCGCUCCAGACCACCAGGCUUUUGACAAUAACUCUCCCCAGAGCACGUCUCCUUGCUCCAGUUCCCCCAGUUCCCCAGCAGCACACAUCAGGCCCAGCUCCCUGCACGGUUUGGGAUCCAAGCUCAGCAGUCAGCGCUACACCAAGGUCAGCCGCCGCAAGUCAACCAGCAGCAUCCCGCCCUCGCCUCUCGCCUGCUCCUCCUCUUCCGCACAGCCGCUUUCCCCCCAGCGCUCGCCCUCGCCGUUGCCGGGCUUCGCCAAAACGCUUCACUCCUACCACGGCAAGACGCUGUCGCCGCCGACUAUAGUGCGACACAUGGGGGUGCGGCCUCGCAGCGCGGAACCUCCCCGAUCGCCGCUCCUCAAGAGAGUCCAGUCGGCCGAGAAACUGUCUGGGAUGUACCACGCUGACAAGAAGUCUUACGCCCCCCGCAGGCACACCCUGGAAGUGCCGUAUUACGCCGAGGGGGAGCUGCUUGACUCGGAAGCCGAGGGGGUCGUCUCGGGUUCCCACCUGGGGGUUGACCACAGCCGUCUGGGCGGCUACUUGGGCGCUCAGAGACUGUGGGACUCCGGAUCCGAGCAGCUGGUGGUGAUGCGGAAGCUCAACCUCUCAGAGCGUCGCGACUCCUUCAAAAAGCAGGAGGCGGUGCAGGAGGUGAGCUUUGACGAGCCGGAGGAGAAAAGCGGCGCGACGCCGGCGGCCCCCGGGACUCAAACGCAAGCCCGGCAGCAGCUGCAGCACAGGACGACGUUACUCGCCGAGGCCCGAGCCCAAAGCGGCGAGGAGGUGGAGCUGCUGGUGCCCACGGUCGGAAGGUUCACGCUGGUGCCGCAGAUCGCCGUGCAGGGAUCCACGGAGAGCGAGGAGCAGGACGAGUGGGAGCCGUGCUCAGACGGGGAGGAGUCGCAGCAGGAGAUCACCGUCACUUCAUCUCAGCAGCAGCAGGGGAGGCAGGAGGCGGAGCUCCUUCACAAUAAGAGCUUGAGUCAGGAGGAAACCACGUCAGCGGAGAAAAAGUGACACAGCGAGGUGGAAAACUUUUACUUGAAUUUUGUAUUGUAAAUAUUCGCUUUGUGGAGCUGCAGCUCGUAUUUAUUACACUCGUAAAGCAUGACGCGCUACGUGGAAAGGAGGCAAGUUCUCAUCUGUUGAACUCUUUUUGUAUCCAUUACAUGUGCUUUUUUUAAUAAAUGUCUAUUUUUAAACAAAUUGCCGUGACACAAAGUAGUUCGAUAAUGCUAGGAAUUAUUAUUACUGGACCAAAAUCUUUUUUUUUUACCCCCAGCUUUCAUUAAUAAUGACAUCUACACCAUUAAUAUGUACAUCUACAAGUCACCUUUUGAUGCUUCAAAGCACAACAUAACCACACAGGCUGCACAAUAUUACAAAAAAACUAUCUUUUGUGAAAUAAUAUUUUGUUAAUGGUGUUCUUUGCCGUGUGGAUUCUAACAUGUUUUUAUGUGGCUCAGUGGUUCUCAAACUUUUUCCCACCAAGUACCACCUCAGAAAACACUUUAAAAAAACAGUAGCAAAGUAGGCCUAAGUAUUUAUUU